GCCUGGACAUGAGUCGGUCAAUAAUUCUUUUGUUUUUGGGUGUUGUUUUAGCGAAACACGAAAUUUACGAAGGCCAUGCCGUGUACGAAGUAAGCGUCAAAAAUUAUGACCAAGGCAAGUUCUUGAAUCAGCUACAAUAUCAACUGGAGGUCGAUUUUUGGUCCUACGCAGUGCCAGGGAGACCUGGAAUGGUCCUCGUCUCCAAAGACAAGAGAUCUGAGUUGGAAGAAAUACUGAAAGCUGAAAACAUCGAGUUUGAAGUAAAGACUGAAAAUAUUAAGGAGUUACUGGAUUUGGAAGAGAACUUACUAGAAGAUGUAUCCAAAAAGAGUUACAAUGCAUCAAGAUCAGCUGGUCUACCUUUCGAUAGGAUUUAUACCUACAAACAGGUGGACGAAUAUCUUGAGAUGUUGGCUAAACAGUUUCCGGAGACAGUGAAGAUUGUUAACGCUGGGAAGAGCUUUGAAGGCAGGGAUAUGAAAUACUUGAAGAUCUCCACAAGUAACUUCGAAGACGACAGCAAACCCAUAGUGUUCAUAGAAUCCCUCCUCCACGCGCGGGAGUGGAUCACCCUCCCGGCCACUCUGUACGUCAUACACAAGCUGGUGAUAGAUGUGACGGAGCGAGACCUGCUGCAGGACAUCAACUGGAUCAUUCUGCCUAUCGCUAACCCUGAUGGAUACGUGCACAGCCAUGAACAGGCCCGUUUCUGGCGCAAAAACCGGGCAACUGGCUUCAUUCCCGCAAAUGUAUGUGUAGGCGUCGAUCUCAACCGCAACUUUGACAUUAACUGGAGCACCGCCUCCAGCGGCAACGUCUGUUUGGACACCUUCCACGGUAGCGCUCCUUUCUCUGAACCAGAGACUGCCAACAUCAGAGACAUAUUCACAGAAUACUCCGACCGACUAGAACUCUUCUUGGAUAUCCACAGUUUUGGAAGCAUGAUCCUGUAUGGUUGGGGGACGGGAGUCCUUCCUGACAAUGGCUUGAUUUUCCAUUCCGUCGCUGUGCGGAUGGCUAAUGCUAUCGAUACUGUGAAGAUGCCCUGGAAUCGUAAUUACAUCGUUGGGAACUCUGCCCUUGUCUUGUACCAGGCUUCUGGAUCCGCUAUGGAUUAUGGAAUAGUUGGUGGAGCCGAUUUAUCAUAUACAUAUGAGCUUCCAGGAUUUAGGGGUGGCUCUGGUAUGAUGGGAUUUCUUGUUAAUCCUGAAUUUAUUGAGCAAGCUGGGUUCGAAACCUGGGAAGGCAUUAAGGUCGGUGCAAGACAUGUUCGCGAUAAGUUUAAGAGAAAGGCCAGAUUGUGAAUGUUGUAAAAUAAAAUAAUUCAUACAUUUAUUAAGGUGGUUUAAUUAAAACGAUUUUAUUUAGAUCCUAACGGAUCUUUUGAAUUUACAUUUUCUUUUUCGUGACGAAUUAAUUAAUAUCAGUCGUUUUCCUUCUUUCGCUUCUUGUACGAAGUUUGAUGUUUCCUUCUCUUUUUUGUUUUUACUGGUCUUUAAAACUGAA